AUGAGUGCACAGGAGGUCACCUACACAAGUGUGAGAUUUCAUAAGUCUUCAGUGUCAGAGAAAAAAGUGAGGCCUAGGGAUACUCAAGGGCCCAGAGAAGCUGGCCACCGAGGGAGUUCAGUCCCCUGGCAGCUCAUUGUGGUAGUUCUUGAACUCCUCUGUUGCAUUCUGCUGGUAACUGUUGUGGUGUUGGUGGCAAACAUUUUUCAGUAUCGUCAUGAAAAACAUGAGCUGCAGGAAACUCUAAACCGCCAUUAUAACUGCUGCACCAUGCAAUGUGACAUCGACUUAAAGAAAGAACUGCAGAGAAAUAAGUCUAUAGAUUGUGGUCCAGGAAAUGAUCUUCUGGAAUCCCUCAACAGGGCACAGAACAGAUGGUACAAUGAAACCAAGAGUGUUUCAGGUUCCUCUCAGCACACAGGCAAAAGUGUUAAAACACACUGGUUCUGCUAUGGUAUAAAAUGUUAUCAUUUCAUCAUGGACAGAAAAACAUGGACUGAAUGUCAAGAUUCCUGCCAGCAUUUCAGCUUAUCUCUUCUGACAAUAGAUGAUGAGGAUGAACUGAAUUUCCUUCAGCCUCAGGUUACUCCUGACAAUUACUGGGUUGGAUUGUCAUAUGAUAAGGAAAAAAAAGAAUGGUCAUGGAUUAAUAAAGUCCCAUCCAAACUUGACUUGAACAUAAAGAAGUUCAAAUUAAAUGAUGGAAGAUGUGUAUUCUUAUCUAAAACAAGACUAGAGAAUACUAACUGUGUUAAUUUAAACAGUUGUAUUUGUGGGAAGAGACUGGAUAAAUUCCCUGAUUGA